UUGCAUAGAACAACUGAUGCACUGACACAUAUGCACACUGCUCUCAUUAGUCUAGCUUCAGUCUCCGGCUUAUCUGCAUCAUGGCUGCACCUUUCACCCUGCUGGUUUUGUGCUGGGCGUUGAGACUGAGCUGCGGUGCGAAUCCGCCUGAAUGGUUCCACAACAUUUCUACCAGUCUCUUCAAUUUGUCUGGGGACAUCGUGCUCGGAGGGCUUUUUCCCAUUAACCUGGUCUCCAGCAACUUCAGCCAGAGGAGGGAGCCUAACAACAUCAGCUGUGAAAGUUUAAGUGAGGGUGGACUGGGCCUCGCUAUAGUGAUGAAAUAUGCAGUGGAUGAGAUCAACGGAAACCAAAAUAUUCUCCCUGGCAUCAAGUUGGGUUAUGAAAUCUACGACACGUGCAGACAAUCUGCCGUCAUCGUGAAGCCCACCCUCUCUUUCCUCACUGCGAAAUCCAACAAAGCGCUAUCUGUGGAGUGUAAUUACACCAACUAUGAGACCAGCGUAUCAGCCGUGAUCGGUCCUUCUAGCUCGGAAAUGGUGUCGGUCAUAGGGAAACUCCUGGGAUUCUUUCUGAUGCCACAGGUUAGCUACAGUGCCACCAGUGACAAAUUCAGCAACAAUCUUCUCUACCCGUCAUUCUUCCGUACGGUGCCCAGUGACAAAUGGCAAGUGGAUGUCAUGGCACUGCUGAUGAAGGAGUUCAACUGGAACUGGGUGGCGGUGGUGGGCAGUGAGGAGGAGUACGGACAACGAGGUGUGCAGGAAUUCUCCAAAGUAGCAGAAAAUAUGUCUAUCUGUGUGGCCUAUCAGGGGCUGAUUCCAGUCUACACUGACUCUGAACAAGCGAUCAACACCAUCAUCAACAAUAUCCUAGCAACCAAAGUAGGAGUGGUAGUGGUCUUUUCUCUUCCAGAGCAAGUUGAGAUCCUUUUUAAAGAGGUCAUCAGGAGGAAUGUAACAGCCGUGUGGAUUGCCAGCACAAGUUGGACCCUCAGUAAUCUAAUGAUUUCCCUCCCCAAUAUCCAAACGAUCGGCACAAUCAUUGGAUUCAUCGACAAGACACAGACCCUGGAUCUGCUCACUGCCUACACACAGGAGCUCUUCACCAAAAUCAGUGAGGAGAUGGAGAAGACGUCCGCUCCAGCACCAAAGUCCAAAGGCAAUCAUGACAAUCCGUGCCCACAAUGCUGGUACUUGUCACCUGCUAAUAUAAGCUUGGUGACAGACCCUGAAGUGAAGCGCAAAGCUUUCAGUGUGUAUGCUGCCAUCUACAGUGUGGCACAGGCACUGCACGACCUGCUGGAGUGCAAUUCAACAGCCUGUAUGUACGGAUCUGACACCAAAAUCUAUCCCUGGAAGCUGUUGGAGGUUUUAAGGAAUACUUCUGUAGAUAUAAAUGGCACACAUUUAGAGUUUGACAGUAAUGGCAACCCAAACAGGGGAUACGAUAUGAUUGAGUGGGUCUGGAAAGCUUCGGAUUUAGAAUUCACAACUGUCGGAGCCUUUUAUAAACAACUAUCCAUCAACAAAACCCUCUUCAAAUGGCACACCAAAAACUCUGAGGUUCCUCAGUCCACCUGUUCGGCAGCAUGUGAGGAAGGCCAAGUCCGCAGAGUCAAAGGCUUCCACUCCUGCUGUUUUGAUUGUAUCGACUGUUUGGCAGGCACUUACCAGAAAAAUGAGGAGGACAUCCAGUGCACUAAGUGCCCGGAUCAUCAAUGGUCUCAGAACCGCAGCACUAACUGCACUGAACCCACCUUUGACGUUUUGUCCUGGGACACGCCGGAGGCUCUGGAGAUGACGCUGGCCGGGGUGCUGCUCCUGGUAUUUCAGGUGUCAGUGGGUGUUGUCUUCCUGAAACAUCGGGGUACCCUGUUGGUAGCGGCCUCGGGGGGAAUCCUCAGUUUUGCGGCUCUGUUAAGCCUGAUGGGAGGUUGCCUCAGUCUGCUGCUCUUCCUGGGGCAGCCAGGGGAAGUGGUGUGUCGUCUUCAGCUUCCCCUCACCUCCAUUUUCCAAACAGUGGCCCUCUCCAUUAUCACUUCCAUCUCACUACAGAUACUCUACGUGACAGAGUUCCCAAAGACGGCCGCCUCUCACCUGCAUAUACUGAGAGGCCUUGGAAGCUGGCUGUUUGUGCUGGUCUGCUGUGCCGUGCAAGCUGGUCUCUGUGGCUGGUUUGUUCAGCAACAGCCCUCGCUGUCUGACUAUGUGGCAAAAAUGAAAAUAAACUUUGUGAGAGCAUUUCUAGCAUGUCCAGUGUUGCCCUUGAUGGGAUUUGCCAUAAUACAAGGUUUCAACGGUGCAUUGGCCCUUGUAUCAUUCAUGUGUACCUUCAUGGCAGCAAAGCCUCUUCACCAGUACAACCUUGCCAGGGACAUCACCUUUUCCUCCCUGAUCUACUGUGUGAUUUGGGUGAGCUUUAUUCCCAUCUACAUAGGCUUGAGUAUCAAGAACAGGUCUAUUGUCCAUGUGGUUUUCACCCUGGCAAGCAACGCGGGACUGGUGGUAGCCUACUACUUCCCAAAAUGCUACUUCCUGUUGAGAAAACCUGAGCUCAUCAAUACAGCAGAGCACUUCUGUACCUUCCUAGAGGGCGCCCCACUAACACCAGCUCAGGAGGAACCACAGCCACUGAAAGAAUCAGAGAAAUAAACUAAAGUGCCGUUUUCUGAUUAAAAACUCAAAGAAAGUAUCUGUAACAAUCAAAUAUCUUGUAAAAUGUACAUUUGCAUGCUUAAUAUGUGAACAAAGAAUGUUUGUGAGUGUCAUAUACUAGUUUAGGCCUACAGUACAGGCUUCUAUAAUGUAAUACGAAUCAUGAAAAACAUAACACAUAUAUAUUUAUCAUGUACAAAGUAUAGAAACAGUACAUUUUACAGUUUAAACUUGCAUUUUGUAAUUUUUCAAUAUAAGACAUUUUCUUGUUAACAUUGCUAACAUUUAUGCAACAU